CGUGGGUUGCGGCGUGUGGUUGUGGGGCCGGCCAACGGUGGCCGGCCCCCCGGGUCUGAGGGGCUUGGGCCCACAUUUUGCAAGCAGACGUGAAGAAAGCCUGCCCUUCCCCGUGGGUUGCGGCGUGUGGGCGUGGGGCCGGCCAACGGUGGCCGGCCCCCCGGGUCAGAGGGGCUUGGGCCCACAUUUCCUUUUUUUUGGUCUUCUCUCUCUUUCUCUGGGAAGGGUGCCGGCCAACGGUGGCCGGCCUAGUAUUUUAAAGUGUGGGCCUUUUUGGCGGUGGCUUUUUCUGUCUUUUCUUUGGUCUUUGCUGCCUCUCGGCCUACGUGGCCGAGUUUCCCCGAUGUACCGCCUCUCUCUUCUCUCGCCGGCUGUCGUUCUUUAGCCCUUUAUGCUAUUUUGCACAGAAGCCUCCUUUGGGGCGGUGUCCUCUGGUUUUUUUUCUCUCUCUCUCUCUCUCUCAGGGAUGCGUGCCGGCAAACAUUGGCCGGCCCGGCUUAAUGUAUGGGCCUUGUCGCCUGUGGCUUUUUUCUUUCUUUUCUUUUCUUUUCUUUUCUUUUUGCUGCCUCUCGGCCUACGUGGCCGAGUUUCCCCCGAUGCACCGCCUCUCUCUUCUCUCUCGGCUGUCGUUCUUUAGCCCUUUAUGCGAGUUUGCACCGAAGCCUCCUUUGGGGCGACGGCCCCUCUUUCUUCCUGUCUGGGAAUCGUGCGGGCCAACGGUGGCCGGCCUAGUAUUUUAUAGUGUGGGCCUUUUUGGCGGUGGCUUUUUCUGUCUUUUCUUUGGUCUUUGCUGCCUCUCGGCCUACGUGGCCGAGUUUCCCCGAUGUACCGCCUCUCUCUUCUCUCGCCGGCUGUCGUUCUUUAGCCCUUUAUGCUAUUUUGCACAGAAGCCUCCUUUGGGGCGGUGUCCUCUGGUUUUUUUUCUCUCUCUCUCUCUCUCUCAGGGAUGCGUGCCGGCAAACAUUGGCCGGCCCGGCUUAAUGUAUGGGCCUUGUCGCCUGUGGCUUUUUUCUUUCUUUUCUUUUCUUUUCUUUUCUUUUUGCUGCCUCUCGGCCUACGUGGCCGAGUUUCCCCCGAUGCACCGCCUCUCUCUUCUCUCUCGGCUGUCGUUCUUUAGCCCUUUAUGCGAGUUUGCACCGAAGCCUCCUUUGGGGCGACGGCCCCUCUUUCUUCCUGUCUGGGAAUCGUGCGGGCCAACGGUGGCCGGCCUAGUAUUUUAUAGUGUGGGCCUUUUUGGCGGUGGCUUUUUCUGUCUUUUCUUUGGUCUUUGCUGCCUCUCGGCCUACGUGGCCGAGUUUCCCCGAUGUACCGCCUCUCUCUUCUCUCGCCGGCUGUCGUUCUUUAGCCCUUUAUGCUAUUUUGCACAGAAGCCUCCUUUGGGGCGGUGUCCUCUGGUUUUUUUUCUCUCUCUCUCUCUCUCUCAGGGAUGCGUGCCGGCAAACAUUGGCCGGCCCGGCUUAAUGUAUGGGCCUUGUCGCCUGUGGCUUUUUUCUUUCUUUUCUUUUCUUUUCUUUUCUUUUUGCUGCCUCUCGGCCUACGUGGCCGAGUUUCCCCCGAUGCACCGCCUCUCUCUUCUCUCUCGGCUGUCGUUCUUUAGCCCUUUAUGCGAGUUUGCACCGAAGCCUCCUUUGGGGCGACGGCCCCUCUUUCUUCCUGUCUGGGAAUCGUGCGGGCCAACGGUGGCCGGCCUAGUAUUUUAUAGUGUGGGCCUUUUUGGCGGUGGCUUUUUCUGUCUUUUCUUUGGUCUUUGCUGCCUCUCGGCCUACGUGGCCGAGUUUCCCCGAUGUACCGCCUCUCUCUUCUCUCGCCGGCUGUCGUUCUUUAGCCCUUUAUGCUAUUUUGCACAGAAGCCUCCUUUGGGGCGGUGUCCUCUGGUUUUUUUUCUCUCUCUCUCUCUCUCUCAGGGAUGCGUGCCGGCAAACAUUGGCCGGCCCGGCUUAAUGUAUGGGCCUUGUCGCCUGUGGCUUUUUUCUUUCUUUUCUUUUCUUUUCUUUUCUUUUUGCUGCCUCUCGGCCUACGUGGCCGAGUUUCCCCCGAUGCACCGCCUCUCUCUUCUCUCUCGGCUGUCGUUCUUUAGCCCUUUAUGCGAGUUUGCACCGAAGCCUCCUUUGGGGCGACGGCCCCUCUUUCUUCCUGUCUGGGAAUCGUGCGGGCCAACGGUGGCCGGCCUAGUAUUUUAUAGUGUGGGCCUUUUUGGCGGUGGCUUUUUCUGUCUUUUCUUUGGUCUUUGCUGCCUCUCGGCCUACGUGGCCGAGUUUCCCCGAUGUACCGCCUCUCUCUUCUCUCGCCGGCUGUCGUUCUUUAGCCCUUUAUGCUAUUUUGCACAGAAGCCUCCUUUGGGGCGGUGUCCUCUGGUUUUUUUUCUCUCUCUCUCUCUCUCUCAGGGAUGCGUGCCGGCAAACAGUGGCCGGCCCGGCUUAAUGUAUGGGCCUUGUCGCCUGUGGCUUUUUUCUUACUUUUCUUUUCUUUUCUUUUCUUUUUGCUGCCUCUCGGCCUACGUGGUCGGGUUUCCCACGAUGCACCGCCUCUCUCUUCUCUCGCCGGCUGUCGUUCUUUACCCCUUUAUGCGAUUUUGCACAGAAGCCUCCUUUGGGGCGGCGGCCCCUCUUUCUUCCUCACAGGGAAGCGUGCCGGCCAACGGUGGCACGCCUAGUAUUUCAACGUGUGGGCCUUGUCGGCCUAUGUGGUCGACGUGUUUCCCACGAUGCACCGCCUCUGUCUUCUCUCGCGGCUGUCGUUCUUUACCCCUUGGUGCAAUCUUGCACAGAACCCUUCUUUGGGGCGGCGGCCUCUAUUUCUUCCACUCAGGGAAGCUUGCCGGCCAACGAUGGCCGGCCUAGUAUUUCAGUGUGUGGGCCUUGCCGGAUGUGGCUUAUUCUUUCUUUUCUUUUAUUUUCAUGAAAUCAGCGGGGGAGGAUGGGCGGGUUGUGUUUCCACAGAACACCACUCAAAGAAACAGUUAGCGGUAUCCUAUACUGUUCUAAAUUGCUCGACAACAUAAUGAUAGAAUCAUAGAAACAUGGCACCAAACAUCAUAUAAUCAUAAAGCUAGAAGAGACCAUCCAGUCCAACGCCAUUCUGCCAUGCAAAAACAAUAUACAGUAGAGUCUCAGUCAUCCAACACUCGCUUAUCCAAUGUUCUGGAUUAUCCAACUUAUUUUUGUAGUCAAUGUUUUCAAUAUAUUGUGAUAUUUUGUUGCUAAAUUCGUCAUUACUACGUAAUAUUACUGCGUAUUGAACUACCUUUUCUGUCUAAUUUGCUGUUAAACAAGAUUUUAUGGGGCUUAAUUUGUAAAAUAACCUAAUUUGCUGUUCAAAGGGCUUUUCCUUAAUGUCUCCUUAUCAUCCAACAUAUUUGCUUAUCCAACGUUCUGCUGGCCCGUUAAUGUUGGAUAAGCGAGACUCUACUGUAUCCAGAAAUAUCUGGUGCUGUAACCGAUAUAUCAUUUACCGUCCCGGAAUACUAGCCAGAUGGCCCAUGAAUGGUCACAAAAGUCAUAGAAAUAUGGUCACAGAAGUCAUGGAAUAAUAGAAACAUGGUCCCUAAAGUCAUAGACUCAAAGAAACAAGUAACAGAAUCAUCCCAAAAGUCCUAGAAUCCUAAAAUGAUAGAAUCAUAGAGUCAUGGCGCCAAACAUCAUAGAAUCAUAAAGGUAGAAGAGACCAUCCAGUCCAAUGCUAUUCUGCCAUGCAAAAGCAAUAUAACACUCUUGCAGGCUUCAUCAUUACUGGAUCCGUCCUUCAGGACUUUGGCAAACGUUGGAUGUGCAAUGUUGCUAUUUCAUCCAAGGCAGAAAUUCAACUCAUUCUUGGAUGGACAAACAGAACCACAACUGCUAACGUUCCCUUAAGGCAGUGUUUCUCAACCUGUGGAUCUCCAGGUGUUUUUACCUACAAGUCCCAGAAAUCCCAGCCAUUUUACCAGCUGUUAGGAUUUCUGGGAGUUGAAGGCCAAAACAUCUGGGGACCCACAAGUCGAGAACCACUGCCUCAAGGGAGAAACUGUGGCAUUACCUCCGAAGUUAAAAAAUUGGAAAAACCAAACUCUUCCUUGAAAAGCUGUGAUUGUCUAGACAUGUGGGGGUUAAAUCUAGGGCAAAGGAGUGUAAAAAUAGAUGGGAGGGUCCAAUGUGAAAGGUUUGGAACCCCUCCCCUUAUAUAUAAAACAAAGACUCCGCCUCCAAUAUGUGGCAUUCAGUGUGUGUCCACACCAGGGUAGAAUUGGCACCAUGCUCUCCAGAUCAGCCAUGCACGUGCCACAUUAUGCCCCUUCCAUGUUCAGGGAGUUUGACAGAUGGAAGGGCUAUCUGAGCCUUGCGAAAGUGGUUACGGAGAUCAUCGCGGAACGCAAGAAGGUCCCAUUUCCAUCUCAGAGUUUGGACACAAUGGAGUACGACAUGCAGCUAGUCCUCAACGAGGACAACUUUGAAACAGCAUCACAAUGGGUUAAUGGAAGCAGUUCCAGCAGCAAGAGCUCCAAAGGUAGUGCCAAUGGCCAGGCUUCCCAAAACAAGGAGAUUUGCAAUUUCUGCAAACACAACGGGGAAUCCAAGCAGGUCUAUUCGUCCCACCGGCUGAAGGGGAUGGACGGCACCGUGGAGUGCCCCAUCUUGCGCAAAUACACCUGUCCGCUCUGCGGUGCCACGGGCAAAAAGGCCCAUACUUUAAAAUACUGCCCACUGAGCCAAGGGAAGAGGUCGCUGUAUCGCAAGUGCGGACGUAACUCGGCUGGACGCAAGGUGAGGAGAUAAGAAGAUCAGGAGAAGACCGAAGCAUUUAUUCUUAGUUUUAGUUUGACUUUGUAAAAGAACAACAUUUGAUUUCGAGCAUCAUUAACACUCUUUACAUUUCCUCCCACUUUGUUUCAGGUUUGGAGAAUGGAAGCCCAAUUCUCUUAGACUACAUUUAUGUGUCAGUUGCCUAGUGUGAUGAUUCAUGGGCCCUGCAGUCCUAUUCCUGACAGUAUUGUGGCAGAUGAGGAGGAAAAUAUGGAGUUUUCCCCAGAUUUCCGGUCGGAGUCAGAGCCUUGGCAGCUGCCUGAAGUUCUAGUCCAAGAACCAAUUAAACCUGACCUUGGUGGGAACUCUCCCCCUUAUGGGAGAAAACAGGCUUACACGACUGAUAGAGGAUCGAGAGAAAAAUUUAGAAGUAGUGCUCGCCUUGCUGCCAAAUAUGCCACUGAUUAGAAGUAUUUCCCCUGAGAAAAUACGGGGAGUCUUGCACCUGCAAGCUGGUUUCCUUCGCUCCCUGUUCUCUAGGGAAAGUGAUUGUUGUUUGGGGAAACGAGACCCAAUAUAGGGAAAUUGCGCGAAGGAUUCCUUGCGGAGUCAAUUCGUCAGCUCCUGGAGAGAGGUCAUGUGUGUGUGGACUUCGAAUCCUGUUCCUUGCCUCCUGAAUCUAGUUCCAAGCCUUGUCCUCGUCUCACGGAUUUACCACAGAUCUUGUUCCAUGCUUCAAGUUGCUUUGCCUUUAGCCACAGCUCCAGCCACGUUCCAAGUAACUUUCAGCCUUGUGUCAAGCUUCAUUGGAUUCAAGACUUUUUCUGUUUUCCCAACGCUUUGCUUGGCAAAGCGUGUGUUGCGGUUAUUGGAUUAUAAUCUUUGGACUCUAAUAUUUCAUAUUGGACAAUAAUCUGCUGGACUAUAUUUGGCCUCAUUUGAAAGGUCUGCUUCUGAACUUUAUUCUACACUUGUUUUUAUUGACUUUAUAUAUUCCUUUAAUAAAGAUAUUAGAUAGAAUCUGGCCUCAGUGUAUGGUUAUUGGUGCCCAGCAGCCUAUAUCCUGACACCUUGUAUCAUGCUUUUUUAUACAUAUAAUCAUGUUUUUUACAUAUGUAAUAUCACGUUCCUUUGACAUCUGUAAUUGCCUUAUAUCAUAUUUUAUAUUGUGUUUUAUAUAUGCAGUUACUUUACAUGUUUCUUUUAUGUAUGGAUGUAUAAUUUUUACAUGUUUAAUUAUAUUAUUUGCAACUAUAAUUGCCUAAUAUCAUGCUUCUUUUAUAUAUGCAAUGACAUCAUGUUUAUUUAACGUAUAUAAGUGCCUUAUAUCAUGUCCGGGUUAUCAUGUGUGUCUCCAGAGGGAUGCAGCCCUAUCCUUUGCAGGGAAAAUAUAGAAAUAUCUUCUAAAUGGCUACUGUCUAGAAUUUUGUUUUGUAAAGAAAGGAAAAGUUUAUAUGCUAUUGGAAAGAAAGAUACUAUUUUAUGUUUAAAUUUUGGAAAGGAAUAGAAUUGGUUAUUAUUACUGUGGUCUAACCUUCAAUUGUUUGCAAGUUGUUCUAAAGUUUGGAUCGUAGAGUUUAAUAAACAGAGUUUAUGGUUUUGGCAUCAAAACUGUUCAUGUUGUGCUUAAAUGGGAUUGAAUUUUCUUUAAUUUGUGGCCCAUAAUAGGCUGGUUAUAAGCCUGAUCUGGAAGGCAGCCAAGGCAAAGACCAUUGAGCUGCUGAACUUGCAGACUGAAAGGUCCCAGGUUCAAAUCCCGGGAGCAGAGUGAGCGCCCGCUGUUAGCUCCAGCUUCUGCCAACCUAGCAGCUUGAAAACAUGCCAAUGUGAGUAGAUGAAUAGGUACCGCUGUGGCGGGAAGGUA